UAACUCAUUCAACGCAUGGACAUGUUAUCUAAAUAAACUUUUAUUUGAAUUGAUGACAAGAUGGCUUCCAUCCAGAUAAUUCUAAUUCUUUUGGGAUUAUCCAUUUCCAGGGCAACAGACCUGUGUACCAGUCAGUCUGGAGGCUCGUGUGUAAACAAGUACUUUAAUAGCUGUAUGUCUGGAUACUACUACUCCACCACAGGCUGUAGUAGGAACGAGGAGAUCUGCUGUAUACCUCCUAGUCGUGUACCGUCACAAACAUUACAGCCAGGUCAGUGCGGUAUACAAACCAAUGUAGGGACCAACAGGAUUGUAGGAGGGACGCCGGCGGCAGUAGGGGAAUUCCCCUGGCAGGUGUCCAUGCAGUCACAUGGUCAGCACGUGUGCGGAGGGAUAUUGAUAGCGGACCAAUGGGUGCUAACGGCUGCUCACUGCUUUCGCGAAAACAAGAAUCCCUUUGCUUGGACAGUUGUUCUAGGUGAACACGAUCGAGCAGUUCUCGAAGGUUAUGAGAAACUGGAAAAGGUUGAGACCCUCUUUAUUCAUUCUCAGUUUGACGAAACAUCAUUCACCAACGAUAUUGCCAUCGUAAAGCUAGGAGAUAGAAUUAACAUUGACGGGCAGUACGUACGAUCAGUCUGUCUACCCGGCAUGAAUGAUACAUACGAUAACAUGAUUUGUUCCAUAACCGGAUGGGGAGCUGCGUUUACUGGUGGCCACGGUACGCAUGCGCUGUACAAAGCAGAUCUACCCCUGAUUUCUAAUCAGGUCUGUUCCUACCUGAUGGACCGCACAAUCCCCGGCACGGAGAUAUGUGCAGGACAGAAACAUGGAGGAGUCGACAGCUGUCAGGGUGAUUCUGGUGGACCGUUGGUUUGUCUCAAAAAUGGAAAAUGGAAUGUGGUUGGCAUAGUUUCCUGGGGUUACUCAUGUGCGCAGGCGUACACUCCGGGAGUAUACACCCGUGUGCAAUCGUAUCUAACGUGGAUUUAUCAGGUGAUGGCGUCAUAUGGAGCUGCUACGGUACUUGGAUAACCUGUGUGUUAGGAUUUGCUGUAUUAAAAUCAGUGAUCGACAA